AUGGCUGCGGAUUCUGAAUCUGUGACAGAGAAUUACAUCCCUCCCCUUAUUGGAUUUGUUUUUCUUUUAAUAAUACUGUUGGUUUUAAUCAUAGUAUUCUGCAAGAUUUCACGAAACACUACUGAGGAAAAUGAAAACGAGGCUAAUGAACUCGGAAACACUACUGAGGAAAAUGAAAACGAGGCUAAUGAACUCAGACCCACCGCGCAUGGAACCACGAACGACAUUAAUAACCUUGUAUACUCCCCCCAGACAAGUGAAAACGAUACCGGUUACAAUUUUAGUUCCCGAAAUGAUUUACUGGACAAUAGCUAUUCUACGAAUUCUUAUAUAUCGAUACAUUAUCCUAACAAUACAUUGGAUGACUCAGACAUUGAGGAGACGCAUCCCAAAGUGAUAGACGAAUGUGAAUCAGACACUUGCCCAAAAUACGGAACAUAUUAUGACACAAUCUAUCUAUCUAUCUAUCUAUCUAUCUAUCUAUAUACAGUACGGUUGAAUAAUGAGAUUUGUUUGCUGUACGAUCACUUAUUCAACCCCACUCUAUCUAUCUAUCUAUCUAUCUAUCUAUCUAUCUAUCUAUCUAUCUAUCUAUCUGUUAUAUGUUAUAUGUUAAAUGGGAAAUUAUUCAUGACUCAUCCUAAUCUAUCUAUCUAUCUAUCUAUCUAUCUAUCUAUCUAUCUAUCUAUCUAUCUCAGUCUGUUUAUAUCUAUCUAUCUAUCUAUCUAUCUAUCUAUCUAUCUAUCUGUCACUAAUCGGAAAUUAUUCAUGACUCAUCCUAAUCUAUCUAUCUAUCUAUCUAUCUAUCUAUCUAUCUAUCUAUCUAUCUAUCUAUCUAUCUAUCUGUUAGUGUACUCCAGUUAA